GUGGAUGCUGGGUUUGUUGACUCGUUGUUUUUCAAUGUCACUCUAAUGACUAAUAUAGUCUUUCCCUAAUUGCUUCUCCAAUCUCACUCACUUUCACGCUCACCCUCUCCCUCUCCAUCACCAUAUAAACCCUAGAAUUUCAAUAAUGGUGAAGAAGCGUGUGCCUGACUGGCUUAACAGUUCUCUCUGGUCCUCCCCCUCCGACCACCACCGCUUCUCCGCUGCCCUGGACCCACCGGAACCUCCCUCUCCUCCUCCUCCUCCUCCUCCUCCACCUGUCACUGUCAAAGAAGAUCCUCCCAGAAUCCAAGAUUCGAGAACCAAUCACAAUGGCAUUGGUACCACAUCUCCAUCUUCUUCUUCCUCCUCCGCCGAUGACAUCUCCCGCCAGGCUCAGUUAUUGGUCGAGUUAUCAAGGAAGGUCAUAGAUAUGCGGGAGUUAAGGAGAAUCGCAUCUCAAGGUAUACCUGAUGCUUCUGGUAUACGUUCUACUGUCUGGAAGCUUUUGCUUGGAUAUCUCCCGCCCGAUCGUGCCCUUUGGUCGUCUGAAUUACCGAAGAAGAGGUCCCAGUACAAACAUUUCAAACAGGACCUUCUCAUGAAUCCUUCAGAAAUCACAAGGAGGAUGUACAACUCCACUACUUACGAUACUGAUGAUGCAAAAUGUGAGACUAGGGGCUUGCUUUCUAGAUCACAAAUCACUCAUGGGGAGCACCCUUUGAGUCUUGGCAAGACCAGCAUAUGGAAUCAGUUCUUCCAGGACACAGAGAUCAUAGAUCAGAUUGACCGAGAUGUCAAGCGCACUCAUCCAGAUAUGCCCUUCUUCUCUGGUGAUUCUCAGUUUACAAAAUCUAAUCAGGAAGCUUUAAGGAACAUAUUGAUUAUUUUUGCAAAGUUGAACCCAGGUAUAAGAUAUGUUCAAGGGAUGAAUGAGAUAUUGGCCCCCCUAUUCUACGUGUUCAAAAAUGACCCUGAUGAGGAAAAUGCGGCCUUUGCUGAAGCAGACACAUUCUUUUGUUUUGUUGAGCUAUUGAGCGGGUUUCGAGAUAAUUUUUGUCAACAACUUGACAAUAGUGUUGUUGGAAUCCGUUCCACUCUUACAAGAUUGUCUCAGCUUUUGAAAGAACAUGAUGAAGAAUUGUGGCGUCAUCUUGAGAUCACGACUAAAGUCAAUCCCCAAUUCUAUGCGUUUCGGUGGAUUACUCUCCUCUUGACUCAGGAAUUCAAUUUUUCUGACAGCCUUCAUAUUUGGGACAACCUUUUGAGUGAUCCAGAGGGUCCACAGGAGACACUUCUCCGGAUAUGUUGCGCAAUGCUCAUUCUCAUUCGUAGGCGCCUCCUUGCGGGUGAUUUCACUUCUAAUCUCAAGUUGCUGCAAAGUUAUCCCCCUACGAACGUUAGUCACUUGCUCCAUGUCGCCAAUAAGUUACGUGUACAGUUAGUCUAAUGGUUUUAACCGCUGAUUUUUUGCCCUUUCCUUCUGUCUCUAAUGUAGUGCUUUCAAUUUUAUGAUUGUAAAUACUAUUCCCUUGUAAAUUACCCUGUAAAUGUCGGUUCAGAGCACAACUGGUAUUUUUGUAUACUCAGUUUUUUCAUUUCAUUAUAUUUUUUAUUA